AUGGAUCCCAUCCUGGAGGAGGUCCUGAGAGAGGCAAACACUACUGGAGGCCCCUCCCUGAAUCACAGCAACAACCCUCUGGACAUGUUCUCUGGCAUGCAGCUGCUGCUGCGCUUCAAGCCCCUCUUUCUGCCCCUCUACUCCCUCCUGGUAGCCGUGGCCGGCAUAGGCAACUCCAUCCUGCUGGCCUGUAUCCUGGCCGACAAGAAGCUCCACAACGCCACCAACUUCUUCAUCGGUAACCUGGCGGCCGGCGACCUGCUGAUGUGUCUGACCUGCGUCCCUCUGACUGCCUCAUACGCUUUCGACAGCCGCGGCUGGGCCUUUGGACGCCCUCUCUGCCACCUGGUGCCACUGCUGCAGGCCGCCACCGUCUUCGCCUCGGUGCUGUCCCUCACGGCCAUCGCUGUGGACCGCUACGUGGUGGUGGCCCACCCAGUGAGGAGGAGGAUCUCUGUGGGGGGCUGCGGCGCGGUGGCUCUGGGGGUGUGGGGGUUGUCUCUGGCCCUGGCUGCCCCUCCCUCCCUCCACACGCGUUACCUGGACCUGAGACCCCGUGGGAUGGAGCUGGUGGUGUGUGAGGAGUUCUGGCCGAGCUCUGGCCAGCUCAGGCUGCUCUAUUCCUGCUGUAUCCUGGUAGCCUCCUAUAUGAUCCCUCUGCUGUCAGUCAGCGUGUCCUACUGUGCUAUCUCAGUGCACCUGAGACGCCACACGCUGCCCGGAGAGCCCUCACACUGCCAGCAGCGCUGGAGCCAGAGGAGGAGGAAAACCUUCUCUCUCCUGGUGGCAUCUGUGCUUGCCUUUGCCCUCUGCUGGCUGCCCCUGCAGGUGAGAACACACACACACACACACACACACAGGCACAGGCACAGGCACAAUGCACUCACAAUGAUAGCCCAUCAACUUUCCUGACAUUGUUGACAUCUUUAUAUAAUUGAGCAGAUUUCUUUGAGAAAAUAUGAUGAAAAGCAUUUUAGGGGCAGUUACAUCACCUAGGCUGUACAUAAUCCCAAUGUAAUCUCAAUGUCAUCCUAAUGUAAUCCAAUGUAAUCCUAAUGUAUGUGACCCCUGACUGUGUGUUCCUCCUCCCUACAGGUGCUGAACCUGCUACUGGACCUGGACCCAGACUACCACAUCGUGGGCAAGCGCUACGUCAACGUGCUGCAGGUGUGCUGCCACCUGGUGGCCAUGAGCUCCGCCUGCUACAACCCCUUCAUCUACGCCUCCCUGCACAGUAAGGUCUGGCUGCACCUCAAGGGCUACCUGUGUCCUUGCCGCAGCCAGGGGCCCCCAGGGGGCCAGCUCCUCUCCCGCUGCACCUCCCGGAACCCCGCCACCUGCCUCAGCCUACUCUCUGAGGUCCCCGCCACCGCCAAGAAGACCCCGGGGGCCGCCGGUCCCGAGUCCGACCCCACCAACGACAGCACCCUAUGA